CGGGCCUAAUACGUUUAAAGUGAAUCAAAGUGUUUAGUGUGUGAGUGUGAGUGUGAGUGUUAGUGUCAGUGUGAUACUAGUCAACCAGUGCAAGAGAGCGGCCAAGGAUAAAUCAAAACAAAUUGAGAGUUACGGAUACUUAAGCCUGCGAUCAGCCUUUGGAUCGAACGACUUGCAUCAGUAGCUGUGUCAAUUAUCACAUCGUGGAUAAACUAAACCGCAAAUCGGACGAACCGAAUGAAGGAGAGAACCGGUGAGGCAACAGUGACGGAGAAAUUAGUGAUAAAAGUGACAAAAUGCUCGGUGAUUAUCGCAACUCUGUUAAUUGCGGAUCGGAUCACCCUGUGAAGUGCGUCGUUAAAGGCGAGAAAACCCAGCGUUAAGACUCUACUCGUUUUCGGUUGAAGGUGUAAUAAGUUCUCGUGCGAAAAGUGACAUCGGAUUGUGAACGGCAAUAGUGACUCUGACGGUGACUCAGCAGCCUCGAUCAGAUGCGUCCUUUGCGCCUGACCAAAGCACAGUUUCAGAUCGAGAAAAAGUUUCGUCCGAUUUAACCGCAAGCUGCAACUACUGCAGCUGCUACUGCUUUCCGGAAGCAGUGACUGUGACAGUGAUACCUAGUGACAGUGAUGUGGGUGCCAGAGCUUUCGCCCUCGAGUGCUGCAGGUGAAAGGAAGUCCGGUUAGUCGGGAAGGAAUACCGGAAGUUGCUGCAGGAUGAAGGCCACUCCGCAUCUCUGGCUCCACGCUUGUUGGCCUCUGCUGGCGCUACUCUCUCGUCAAUCUGAAUGCGCCGCGAAGAACGGAAACGGGGGCAACGUCGUCGAGCACCACCAGCCCUCCUACUGGGAGCAGCCGCCCUUCAGCCAGCCCUACUUCGACAACACAACCCGAAGGGAAACCACCACCACCGUUGGACAGUCCGCCUACCUUCACUGCAGGGUCCGGAACCUCGGUGAUCGAGCGGUUUCGUGGAUCAGGAAAAGGGACCUGCACAUUCUGACGGUCGGUAUUCUGACCUACACGAACGACCAGCGGUUUCAGUCACUCCACAGCGACGGUAGCGACGAGUGGACUCUGAAGAUCAGCUCACCCCAGAUCCGAGACAGCGGCGUUUACGAGUGUCAAGUCUCAACGGAGCCCAAGAUCAGCCAGGCUUACCACCUUAGUGUAGUCGUUUCGAAAGCCAUGAUCACGGGGAAUCCUGAACUCUACAUCAAAAGUGGAAGCGAUAUAAACCUGACGUGCACCGUCCUUAAGACUCCGGAGCCUCCGUCCUUCAUUUAUUGGUACAGGGGCGAACACGUUAUAAACUACAGUCAGCGGGGUGGAAUCAGCGUCGUAACGGAGAAACAGACGCGGACUUCGAAGCUGUUAAUUUCUCGGGCGCUACCCGCCGACUCGGGGAACUACACCUGCGCACCCUCGACGGCGGAGUCAGCCAGCGUCAUGGUGCACGUACUCAAUGGUGGGCGAGCAUCCGGCGGCUAUGCAGCAUGGAAAUUCGAGUAAUAGCGGAGCGGCGACAAGGACAUUAGCCCUGCUUCUCCUGCUGCUGCACGCUGGUUCGUUUGCGAGGUGACUGGCCGGCGGCUUCAACUACUGACUGCAUCAGCCCAGAAACAAGGAGCCCAUCGCAGCCCCGGUUCGCAUCCCUUCGACGACCCUGUGUCACCAGAAUCCCGACUGCAGUUUCCCUUGAAUUUCCCGCCCGAAGAAUCAGCGCCCUCCUUGUCGUCAUAACUGUGAAAA